AUGGGUCAUAAACACGAAGCCAGUCAUGGACAUGGCAGGCCACACCACGAUGAGUUGACGGCGACUGUGUUAUCUGUAGUCGAAUCGCUCCCACAGCAUCGGAAGGCUGCGUUACUCCUUGAGCACUCGCUUGCAUUGAUCCAAACUGGACGGUACGGGCAUGAAGUUGAGGCGUACCUCGAUGUGUACAUGCGCACGCCGGGUUUACCUGAAGACGACAUCGCGAAGGCUCUACUUGCGCGCGGCAAGGCGAGAAAGGAUGCUGCCCAACUUCUACUCAUGCGCGCUGAACUCGACUUCCAGUCAGCGGCGCAUGUCGAUCCCACCAACCGCGAGGCGCAGGCGCAGUUGCGACGGAGAAGACUGCUUCCUCCAGCUGACGCACCUGCUUCGCAACGCACACCUCCUGAGGUUUGGGAUCGCAUCGCCUCCUUCAUACCGCGAUACUUUCUACGAGCAUGGCUAUCGGUCUCUUCCUUUCAUCGAGACAUCGCAUCGCGGCAUAUCUUCUCGACCGUCGACCUCUUCGUGAGCGAAGACCCGGAGAACUUACAUCGCACGAUGGACUUCCUCGAUCGUGUGAAGGCGGACAUGACCUUUGCAAAGCGUAUCCGGUGUUUACGUCUACACUGGGCGCACGAGAGCGACGAGAUGCUCGACCUCGUGAGUCGGAUCUUUAUGACAGCGCUCCCCGAAUUCAGCGCGCUUCGCGAGUUCGAGUGGAUCGGGUAUCCUGAGUUACAGGCGGAGAUGGUCACCGCGCUCCUCACCAGCCAUCCGUGUCUUACCGCUGUUGGCCUCAUAGGCUGGCAUUUCGAUGCCAUCGGGAUAUCAAACUUUGGGGCUCUACGCCGCUUCACUCUUCGCGCGGAGGAUGACGAUGGUCUCGCAGACAUGGGAGAGAUCCGCGCGGUACUGGACGCUAAUGUACAUACGCUCACACACCUUACGCUUGGCGCCCAUUUGGGACGCCCACACAGCUGGGACUCUGCCUUUGGCUCACCAACGAUUGGCUCCCUCACCCGACUUGAGCUCGUGGAUACCCGUAUCAGCCAUGGCGUACUUGCACGCAUCGCACAUGCUCAUCGCCUCGUCGAACUCACGCUUCACGGAACAUUAGCGUCACCUGGGCCUGCCACGGUGGUCUUCGGGAGCGAUCACGUCCUCGAAGGAGUGCAUACAUUUCUCCCGCGCCUGCAAAGCUUUCGAUUCGUGGUCGCGGGCCACGAUGACGACGCUGCCUUGUAUGGAGCAGUCGUACAGUUUCUGCGUCGGCGGGAGCGCCUGCGGCGACUUGAUUUGGGCAAUUGUCCUUGGGACCUUGUCCUAGCCUUGCUUCCUGAGAUGGUUGGACUACGCGUAUUCAGGACAAGGAUUGCGUUGCUUUCAGAAGAAGCGAUUGUACUGCUCGCAGCCGCGUUACCUCGGGACGUCAUCGCGAUACAUGUCUCCUGUGUCGUGUCAUCAAAUCCUAUGGAAUCGUUCGCAUGUAAAUUAGCGCGCUUCCCUGCCCUUUCGAUGCUCCACCUACGCGCCGCCGCCCAACGCCGCCCGCAAGCAGCCGCUAUGUCCGAUCGUGAAUUCAUGACCCAAACGGCACAAUGGCUCGGUGCUGUCCGAGAGAUGGCUCACGCUAUUCCUAGCGUGGAUUAUCUCGGCUGGCACGGCGAGCACUUUGUUGUCAAUCGCUCUAGCAAAGGCGAAGGAGAGCUGGAGAUCAAGGAGUUGCCCGUGCGCCGGAGAUUGGAUUGUGGCAAAGGUGUAGACCUUGGGAGCGAUGACGCGAAUUGGUUGGAACGGAAAGACGUACCCAUUGACUAUGAAGUGUCCGGUCUCGAUGCAUGA